AUCUAAGAUUCCUGCAAGUCUGUCGCAUCCAACGUCGUCUUGAUUACGAGACAGUGAGGCUGACGAAAUGGAAGACAUAGCGAAGGAAGAAACUCUUCACCUUAGGAACAAACACAUCGGAGGGGCAUGUAAGCUAUUUUUUGCAUCUGAUCCCCUGAAGAUUGUGCGUGCCUCUGGUCAGUACAUGUAUGAUGAGCAGGGCCAACAGUAUCUUGACUGUAUCAACAAUGUGUGCCAUGUUGGACAUUGCCACCCUGAUGUUGUGGAGGCUGGGUACAAACAGAUGAAAGUCCUCAACACAAACUCGCGCUUCCUACACGACAAUCUUGUUCUCCUAGCCAAACGCCUCACAGAAACCAUGCCUGACAAACUAUCUGUUGUGUACUUCGUAAACUCAGGGUCAGAGGCGACAGAUCUGGCCACCAGGCUCGCAAAACACUACACAAGAGGAACAGAAAUGCUGACACUAGACCAUGCUUACCAUGGUCAUGUAGUUUCUGCAUUGGAAGUCAGUCCAUACAAGCUAAGACAUCAGGUUGACAAUUCUCAUCCUCCACCUGACCAUGUACAUUGGGUAAGUAUAAGCAAUCUCUCCUCGCCCUAACCUCCACCUGACCUUGUACAUUGGGUAAGUGGGUCCAAUACCUCCCCACACUAACCUCCACCUGACCUUGUACAUUGGGUAAGUAUAAGCAUUCUCUCCCCACCCUAACCUCCACCUGACCUUGUACAUUGGGUAAGUGGGUCCAAUACCUCCCCACACUAACCUCCACCUGACCUUGUACAUUGGGUAAGUAUAAGCAGUCUUUCCCUGCCCUAACCUCCACCUGACCUUGUAUAUUCAGUAAGUAUAAGCAUUCUCUCCCCACCCUAACCUCCACCUGACCAUGUCAUUGAGUAAUUGGGUACAAUCUCCCCACACUAACCUCCACCUGACCUUGUACAUUGGGUAAGUAUAAGCAUUCUCUCCCCGCCCUAACCUCCACCUGACCAUGUACAUUGGGUAAGUGUAAGCAAUCUCGCCCCACACUAACCUCCACCUGACCAUGUACAUUGGGUAAGUGGGUACAAUCUCCCCUCCCUAACAUCCACAAGACCAUGCAUGUACAAUGUACAUAGGGUGUAAGUGGAUACAAUCUUCCCUCUCAAAAAUCCACCUGUGUUAUACAAGCAUUGGGAUAUUACAUAUAUAUCCAUAUAAAUGACCAACCCCAUCUCUCCCCCAAUUCAAUCUCAACAUGACAAUGAAUGUUCAUGUACUUUAGAGAGAGACCUGUUAUGCUAUCUCGUCUGCACCUCCCAUUCCCCUUA